GCGGUGGCUCUGCCCCCAGGCCUGGGGGGGAAGGAGGGUCUCCGUGCAGGGCCCCUGACGGACACUUGUCCUGCUGCAGGGUACCUGGGGGCCCUGGCCUCAGCUCUCUUCACGGCCUACGCAGUGCGGGGGCUACCCCUGGUGCAGUGGGGGGCCGGCCUGCUGCAGACGCUACCUCUGGCCCAAACCUAUGUGCAGGACGCGGGUGUCGACACCCAGCCCAACCUGGAUGCCUGGGGGUACUUCCCCCAGAAAUGGGUCUGGUACCUGGCUGAGCGGGGCCUGGCCGAAGGACACGGCCCCCCGCGGUUCCCCUCCCCCUAUGGCCCAGCAGAGCGGGACGGGAUCUACCAGACCUUCAGCCUGGAUGGCUGGGCAGGGCGCAGCGGACACGACGCCCCCAUGAUCGCCUACGACGCGCUGCUGGGCGCUGGCGACCGCUGGGACGAG